UGUUUACCUCUUAGUAUUGUGAUGCGGUGAGAUGAAAUAAUGGAUUUGAAAACCCUGGCUCACAGCAGGGACAGAUCGUCAUAGCAAUCAGAGAAGGUGACUGGAAAGAGGGGGCGUGAGCCUAGACUUUGAAAUGUUUAGCAAGGCCUGGAUUUCGUUUGAUGCCAGGCUAUCUUUUCCCAACAUUCAACAGGCAUUUAUUUAUUAAGUGUCUGUACAAAACCGGAUGUCGUGGAGAGGCGAAGAGGAAACCCCGCGCGUGCGCAAUGAGAGCACCUUUGGCUGCGCUCCGCCCACGUACUACAACUCCCAACAGGCACCGCUCGCGUGUCAGGCGCGUCGCGAAAUGCUGACGUACCUCAGUAGCGCGGGGAAUUUCGAGUGGCAGUGGGGCACUGGAGACCAGUGGGUAGCGGAUACCCCCCGCUUUUUUAGGGGAGACCAUGGACUCCUUGGUCGAACAACGGUGGCCUCCGGGGCUGGCAGUCAUGAAGACUGUUCUCUUUGUAUAAGAAAAUUUCUGUCCUAUAAGACACAAUGUCCAACUUGUUGUGUGACAGUCACAGAGCCGGACCUAAAAAAUAACCGCGUGUUAGAUGAACUGGUAAAAAGCUUGAAUUUUGCACGGAAUCAUCUGUUGCAGUUUGCCUUAGAGUCACCACCUGUAUCCCCUGCUUCCUCCUCUUCAAAGAACCAUGCUGUCAAAGUACAAAGUACUCCUGUAGGCUUCAGACAUUCUUUAAAGAAAGGGAGCAGGUUAAUGGAGAAUUUCUUGAUUAGAGAAACUGGUGGUUCCAUGUCAGAGUUGUUGAUAAAAGAGAAUGAAAGCAAAUUCAGCCCUCUGAAGGAGCUGAGCUCUUCUGCCAAGACUGGAGGGCCACCUUCUGUAGAAAAAUCAGCUCCAGGUUCCUCAGAGGCCAUUGUUCCUGAGACACCCUCUACCUCGGCCUUGAAACAAGUUACUAAAGUGGAUUGUCCUGUUUGUGGGGUUAAUAUUCCAGAAAAUCACAUUAAUAAGCACUUAGACAGCUGUUUAUCACGUGAAGAGAAGAAAGAAAGCCUCAGAAGUUCUGUUCAGAAGAGGAAGCUGCUGCCCAAAACUGUAUAUAACUUGCUCUCAGAUCGAGAUUUAAAGAAAAAGCUAAAACAGCAUGGAUUAUCUGUUCAAGGAAAUAAACAACAGCUCAUUAAAAGGCACCAAGAAUUUGUACACAUGUACAAUGCCCAGUGUGAUGCUUUGCAUCCUAAAUCAGCUGCUGAAAUAGUUCAAGAAAUUGAAAAUAUGGAGAAGACUAGGAUGCGUCUUGAAGCUAGUAAACUGAAUGAAAGUAUAAUGGUUUUUACGAAGGACCAAACAGAAAAGGAAAUAGACGAAAUUCACAGAAAAUAUCGUAAAAAACAUCAAAAUGAAUUUCAGCUUCUGGUAGAUCAGGCCAAAAAAGGAUACGAGAAAGCCGUUGGAAUGUCAAAAAAAAAAGUAACGAAAAAAGAUGAUGAAUCUACAAAAGACCUCUUAUCUGUAUGCGUGGGACCGGAAGAUAAUAAAAUGAAAUUGUCAGAUACGCCCUUGGUAACAAAGCACCUCCCUCAAUUAAUGCUGGACUCCCCAGGGAAGUUAGAGCCUGAUAGACCAGAUGAUUCUUCCAGUUGUACUGAUUUUCAAGAAGAAGCUCUUUCUUCAUCAGAAUCAGAUUCAUGCAAUAGUUCCAGUUCAGACAUCAUAAGAGAUCUUCUAGAAGAAGAGGAGGCCUGGGAAGCAUCACACAACUCCACAUUGGCCUUGGGAGCCAACAGUCUGCAGUCUUGAUGAGGACCAACAGCCUGACAUCCCCCAGAGAAAGCAGAAUAGAGCUGGAGCUCCGUCACAGCCUCAUUCCCAGAGAAUUCUUACUGUUUGACCUAUUUGGUGGUUCCUUGAAAGACUCCCACUUGCAGGACUCUCUUUACCCAUUUUGGAGCUUACCCAGAGCAAAAAGCCUCAAAACAAAUUAUGUUUGUUUAAAAUAAUUAGAGCCAGUUGAUUAACUUCAUUGCCAUCCAAGGUGGUGGAUAACAUUUAAGGCAAAAAAUAUACUAAAUAAAAAGCUUAAAGUAAAAGCUGAAAAAUAAUAUUUCUCUGGGGGCUUUGGACAGCGCUGACAUAUUUCUGUGGCUCUAGAAGGUCACACUCAUGCUUAGGGCUUUGUACAUGCUCAGGAAAAGACUUGAGAAGGUCCUAAGCUCUCACCUUCAGCUGACCGUGAGGCUCUGCGCAAGCAGAAAGCAGAAAGUAGAGGCUAAGGUAAAGUUGUUGACCAAGUACUCAGUGUGUGUCUCAACACACACACACAGUCUGCUGGCCAAGACUGAUUUCGACAGGGGUCCUGUGUUAUACUGGUUCCAGGCCUUUAGGGAAAAUUUUAUCCAAUCAUUAGAUGACCACUAAUCUCAUUUAGCAGACAUGUCAGUGGUAACACACAACAAAGCUAUAUAUUUACAGCAUUAGUUCAGAAAGUCAUUUAACAACAACAGCAAGCACCAGUAUCAGAAAAACCCUGAGGAAAGAGGAGAAUCUUAUUUCCAGAGUUGCCACAAUAUAUUGGUUAAAAUGUCCAAUUUUCAACCAAAGUUAGGAGGCAUGCAAAGAAAAGACAAACUGUGGCCUAUACAUGCAGGCUGGAAAGCAACCAAUAAAAUCAGUUGAUUUGACUAUGUUUAAAGAACUAAAGGGAAGUAUGAAAACAGUGUCUCACCAAAUAGAGAGUACCAGUAAAGAAAUAGAAGUUAUUUUUUUAUAAUGGAAAUUCUGGAGUUGAAAAACAUAAUAGCUGACAUGAAAAAUUCACUAAGGGGCUCAGCAGCAGAUUUAAGCAUGUGUAACAAAGAAUCAGUAUUGAGAUUACAGUCAUCCCUCAAGUAUCCAUGGAGGAUUGGUUCCAGAACCACCCCACCCUGCUGCAUAUCCAUAAUCCAUGGAUACUCAAGUCCCUCAUAUAAAAUGGUGUAAUAUUUGCAUAUAACCUGUGCACAUUCUCCCAUAUAUUUUAAAUCCUCUCUAGAUUACAUAUAAUACCUAAUACAGUGUAAAUGCUACAUAAAUAGUUGUAAACACAAUUCAAAUGCUCUGUAAAUAGUUAUUAGCAUGAAGCAAACUCAUGUUUUGCUUUUUGGAAAUUUCUGGAAUUAUUUUUCCUAAUAUUUUUGAUCUGCUAAUACAGAACCUGAGCAAAUGGAAAGCUGAGUGUAUUCAGUCUGAGGAACAGAAAAAAAAAAAAAAAAAGGAUCAAUAAUGAACAGUCUCAGAGACCUGUAGGUCAACA